AAUCUCCAUGGAUUUCUGGAAUGCUAAAGGCAUGGCAACAAUACAAUUAGUUUCCAAUUUGAACAUUGGCAACCGUUUAUUUGUUUCAAAACAUUCGUAAAGAAAACUUCCCAGUUGCAUUCGUUCUUCACCGCCAAAUAUGUGUGACCACAAUGGGCAAAUUACCAGUGAAACAAAGGAUAAUUUCAAGCAGCCAAAAUUGAAAAGACCGCCAGUUACACGGACCCAACGUUUUGAACAAUUCCUUUGGCAAGAAAUCUACGAUGAAUACAUCCGCCACAACGAACGACUUACCAAUGUGGGUGAUGACAAUGCCACCACAGAAUAUUUUGAUGAAUUCUGCAAGGACAUGCCAACCGAGGAUGUUGCUGCCAAAGAAGCUGUAAUAAAUCGCUAUCCAUUGUAUUGUACAACAGCAAUUACGCUGUGGAACACCAAUGGAGAUAUAACAAAAGAUUUCAAAAAACGAUAUUCGAUAACUAGGCCCGUUGAAGAGAAUUCAGAACAAUUUGGCUGAUUGAAAUAUAAAAACUUACGUAUCUUGCAA